AUGGCCGUCAACUACGAAGUUACGAAGGGGGGUGACUAGUUUUCGCGUAUUAUUUUCACAUUUUAUGGCAUACAUUUAACGAUCUAUGUGUUUAUGGGACAAGGAAAAGGCUACCCAUGUUAUUGAGAUAUUUAAGCAUAAUACGAUUGCUUUGAUUGUGCUGUAAGCACCAACAUUUUUACCAUCCGUGUGUAUUCUAAAGAGCGAAUCUUCAUAUUUUGAGAACCCCAGCAGGUGACUACCUUUCGAUGUAUUCAAUACAGAAUAUGGCCGAUGAGAAUGAUAUCAUUGGAAGUGCGUCAGAAUUCAUAAAAGAUCGAUUGUAUUUUGCAACUCUUAGAUCUAAACCAAGAUCGACAGCACAUACACACUACUUCUGUGUCGAUGAUGAACUUGUAUAUGAGAAUUUCUAUGCAGACUUCGGGCCGUUGAAUUUGGCAUUGCUAUACAGAUAUUGUUGUAAACUCAACAAAAAGUUAAAGGCUCAUUGUGGUAUAAGUUUGACCAACUGUGAUUUUGACAACACAGGAAAUGACAAUGAUAAUGUUAUCACAGAUUCUUUCUCCCUUGCAAAGAAGAGAAUUAUACACUACACAAGUUUUGAUGCAAGAAAACGAGCAAAUGCAGCAUUUCUUAUAUCUGCCUAUGCGAUUAUUUAUCUCAAGAAAACUCCAGAGGAAGCAUAUAGACCUUUAGUGGCUGGCUCCAACCCACCAUUUCUACCUUUCAGGGAUGCCUCUUUUGGAGCGUGUACAUACAACCUAACGUUACUAGAUUGUUUACAUGGUAUAAGUAAGGCAUUAGCAAAUGGUUUCUUUAACUUUGACACAUUUGAUGUGGAUGAAUAUGAACAUUACGAGAAAGUAGAAAAUGGAGACUUCAACUGGAUUGUGCCAAACAAAUUCUUGGCCUUUUGUGGGCCACAUACCAAAACCAAGAUUGAAAAUGGCUACCCCCUCCAUGCACCCGAGGCGUAUUUCCCUUACUUCAGAAAACACAACGUCACAACAAUAGUGCGACUAAACAAGAAGAUUUACGAUGCACGUCGAUUCACAGACGCUGGCUUCGACCACUAUGACCUGUUCUUUAUAGAUGGCAGCACGCCGAGUGAUAGUAUAAUGCGACAGUUCCUAGAACUUAGUGAAAAUGCAGAGGGGGGCAUAGCUGUUCAUUGUAAAGCGGGUCUUGGUCGUACGGGUACUCUGAUAGCUUGUUAUAUGAUGAAACACUAUAAGUUCACAGCAGCUGAGUCUAUAGCAUGGUGCAGGAUAUCACGGCCAGGCUCGGUCAUCGGGCCACAACAGAACUUUUUAGAAGAAAAACAGGCAUGGUUGUGGAUGCAGGGAGAUCUAUUUCGAGCAAAGAUUAAAGAAAAUGAUCGGAAACGAGACCGGCAUCACAGUGUGUCUAAAAUACUCUCUGGUGUUGAUGACAUGAGAAUUCAAGAUGCCCUUGAAAAUGAGAAAUAUGCAUUUGAGGCAGAAUCUCAUCUAUACUCCGGUCCUGUUACCAGAGGCAGUCUUAUUGAGACACAAGGAGACAAACUAAACCAGAUGAAACUUCUACGGUCUAAACACGCCCGCUCUGCCACCGCCGGUGCAGUAGGGCAUGAUGAUGUGAAGGGCCACAAACGAUCGACAACACAGCCUUUCCGCCCCAUAGGGUCAAAGAGUGCUCACUCAGGCACAGCAAUGUCUCCACUAAAGGCCUCAAAGGUCAGCACUGUUAGCAACAACCAUAGCAACUCAACAUCAUCUGUAAAGCGGAACACACGCCAUGCUACCGGCUCCUCCACUAGUGCCAAAAGAAAGUACCACUCCCACACCUAUAGCCUGAGGAAGGCCAUGGGCACAAGCAGCUCUUCAAGCAGAUAUGACAAUGAUUCCCAAGACUACUUUGAGAAUAGACUCAACAAGGAUUUUAAAAGCAACCUGUAUAAUACUUCAGCAGACCUGAGCUCAUGGCCGUACAAAUAUCAGUUACGUUCUUCUACAGUCGGUUCCUCAUACUCGCAGUACUAAGACCACCCUGAUACGAUGACAGAGCUAACCAGCAUCUGACCAGGUGGUUGUGAUAAUUAAUCGACUAUGCAUGUGACAAAAAAAAAACAACCGCUUUGUCAUGAUUUUAAUAAUCAUGGGGAAAAAUGAGAAGGAUCAAAUUCUGUGAACAAUAUUUAUCAAUUUUAAUUCUUCAUUUCUUGAGAAGCUUUCAGAAGUUAUUAUAUUUAUGAAAAAAUGCAGCCUAUGGAAUAUUUAUUGAACUACAAAGGAGAUUGAAGGAGAAGAUGAAAUAGUCUUUGUUGAUUAUGGAAAUUGAACUUGUGCUAGAAAUUUUAAAGAAAAGAAAAAAAAAAGAAAUAUUGAUUGAAAUUAUGAAAAAUUUAGUUCAUAGUCUUUCAUAAUUGUUAGGGCGAGAAACAAAACCAUUGUCAUGCAAAAUUUCCAAGCUUGUGUGUUUACCAUGUGUUUCAGGAGUUACAGUAAAUAUGCUGUUUGAAAAUAUUUAUUUUUUAUUAAAACCAAAACCAGUUGAUCAUAAAAUUAUUAGAAGUUCUCUAGUCAAUUCAAUGCCUUUGAAUGAAAAGUGUGUCCAUUUUGUCGCUUGAUCACGUCUUUGGUCAGUUUCUUCAUAACAUAAAUCCACUUAUUGUAGGUGACAAUAUCUCAGACUUGAAAGAAACAAAUCUUAAUAUUUUUUUUUUUUUUUUUAGUCUUUACAAAGUGAUUUUAACACAGCAUUAGACAACUUGGAAUUUAGGCUUCAGGCUUGUUGAACUGUUUUAUAUUUAUAUUUUAUGGUAUUGUUAUUAGAAUCAUCUUUUAAAUGUGUGUUUUUACCAGCAUGAAGAGUCAGUAACAUAGAUUAGACUCGAGAUUGGCUCUGGCCAUGUUGUUGCUGAUAUAAAUGUUAUAAUUGAGUUUUCCUUCAAAACACUAAUGUCACCAUGUGCUAAAGAAAAACUCAAUGAAUGGAGGCAGGAAAAUGUGUUAUCAUUUUGAAUGAACAUUUUGUUACCCACUGUUAUAAUGGCAUUGAUACUGUUACAUUAUGUUCCAGUAAUGACUUUAUACCCUACAUGAUUAUCAGAUAUUCAAUGUAUAUCCUGAUUCAUUCAGUUUUAAACAUCAUCCCACAUUAAAAAGUUCUGUUAAGUUUCAUUUCUGUUGGUGCAUAAGUACUAAUGAAUGUGAACCCUUACACAGUGUGUUAAUUGUUUCAAAAUGACUUUUCAUCAUUUUUCUGCACUUUUGAUUUGAUGUCCUGCCUGAUUUUUCAAAUGAUUAUUGAAAAAUCUGAUAUGAAGGAUUAAGAACAUAUAUAAGAUGUUGGAUCAUAUCUGCUUCGUCUAUUUAUUCCUGCAUGUUGCUACAUUAUGCUCUAUAGUCAUGGCUUAUUUUAGAACAUUUUAGUCUUUUAUUCUUCUAUACUUUCCAUCUUACUGAGCUUUUACUGUUGAUGGUAUCCAUGUUAAAUAUUUCUGUGAUAAAAAUUUUAAUUUGAUGACAGAAAUGUUUUAGUGUUGUUUUUCUCCUGUUUUUUUUAAUUUGUUUUGCAUGUUUUUAACCUGAUUCUUUGACAUUAGGGGAAAAACACUUGAUUUUAAUUUCAAAUACAAUGUGAUGUUGUAUUGAAUUAUUGGAAGUUUUGUUGUAAUGUGUUGUUAAGGGGAUAGGGUUCGUUGCCAAGGUAAAUUUGAUGCCAGAGUUGAACUUCAGGUGUUAAGGUCAUAUGAAGAUGAAAUAUCCUUCAUGAUCCACUGUAGCAUCACAUGGUGACAUCCAUUUAUUUGGUUUGGUUGAACUGUUGACACUGCUGUGUCAAACAGGAUUGUUUAUAUGUAUACAAUAUCGAUAGCACUUUGAUAGUAUUUUAAAAAUGUACAUAUAAGAAUAGGAGAAAACCAUUAUUUGUACCAAUAUCAACUCACCAAUGCCAAGAACUGCUUUUUAUUUGCAGUUUGGUUCAUAUUUGAAAUUUACAAUUUUUUUUUCUUUUCUUAAAUGAAUUGAUUAAGAAUAUAUAUGAAAAAAAUUGAGACUUUUCAAGUUAGGAAGUUGCAAAUUGAUUGUGCAUUAUCUUUGGCUGACAGGAAAGGUGCUCAGGAUCCUUAUAAUGUAUGCCGAUCAGUGAUGAACCAACACCAAGAAUCAGUAAUAUUACAUGUGUUCAUAUCAUCCAAACUCCAUCUUGUAGAAAUAUCCACCUCAAAUUUAAUAAUGAACCAUGAUAAUUACACCCUCUUUCCAUUUAACACCUAUAACUUAUUGCAUCCUGUUGAGAGGAAAGCCAUUAAUAUCCAAUUGUUGUUACCCAUCAAGUUGUUUAUAUAUAAUUUGUGGUGGAUUUCCAUCAGUGUUUUGCUUGAUAUUGAGUGGAAAUGCACCUUCACAAACAUUGUAGUGACCAAAGUUUCAUAUUAAAAAUACCUCUCAAAAUGUCCUCAUUAACUUAUAUUACUUAAUAUAACAUUAAUUUACAAAUUAAUUUGAACUAAUGGAUCAUAUUAAGUGACUGGAACAAAAGGAAGUGGAAUAAGACUGGUCAUGUAGUGUACCUCUGUUAUCAACCAUUAUCAAAGGUUACUAAUGUCAAGGUCAUAUCCUUCACUUGUUGUUAUCUAUAAGGUCAAGGUCAUAUUCACAGUGCCUUUACUACACAUAUCUACUUCCAUGUGAAUUUCUUUAUCUUGUAUGGAACCAAGUGACCAGAUUAAUAAGAAUUUGGUUAGUUUUAGAAACUUGAAAUAAUCGUAUCAAAAUUACCAGGAAAGAAAAAAAAAUCUUAUUUCAAGGGGAAGACUAUUAGAUUGGCAGCUGUUCAUUUAAAACAGUUUUUCUUGUAAGCAGUUUUCAGUAAAAACAGAUGCUGUAUUCAAAAAAUUAAGUUGUACAAUUUACUGUUAAUCCUUACAUAGCUAUAGCUACCUAAAAUGUUGUUUUAGUCUGUGCAAUUAACACUGAUUAUUUUCCUGUAUUUAUUUACAUUCUACACCAGGUAUGUGUCACUGUGUAUUUUUUUAUCUUCAACCUGUGAACAAUUCUUUGUGCUGGAGUAUCACAGAAAAUGUGUGUAGCAGUGUUUGAGACUGUUGAUACGUGAUUUAUCACACCAAAUAUGUUAUACAAGAAAAAGUGAAAAAUGUAUACCAAAAAAAUAUAUAUAAUUAUAACCAUACAAAGGAUGUCACUGUUAUUGUUUUCACCCAAAUACUGCACGAACUUUAUAUAUUUAAUCUGUUUCCCAUGAACAAUGUUUGGGUGAGGAGGAUGGAAUAUGUGAUAAUCCCUUUGUAAAUUGAGUCAGUGAUGACAAACAUUUUUGCUGUACAGUUGAUGUAUAGGAGAGCCGUUUCUACAUGUAGUGAUAGUCACAUGAGUGUACAUAAUAAUGAACCAAGUGUAUAGUUGACAAUAUUUUUAUUAUUCUAUUGUUUUAGAGAAUUAUAGAGAGAAUGAAAUGAGAGUGAGAAAAUCAUCACUCCUGGGGAAAAUAAAAGACUAUUUCCUUCAUA